AUGAUGGUUAAUAGAGACCAGGAUGCAGACGAAGUAAUUCAUAGGGUUAGGCAAGAAAACAUGAUGGAAAAUGACUUAACUACUAUGAUAGAGAGAAUCAUAGCCCACAAUGGUCUGAAUACAAGACUUCGACGACCAAAUUAUACCUCUCCUUUAUCAGAAUACGUCCUACAAACUGAAUUACUAAGGGGUUGUAAAAUCCCUAAGUUCACCAAAUUCUCAGGGGACACUAGUGAAUCCACUAUAGAACACAUAGCCAGAUACAUGACUGAGGCAGGGGAUUUGGCGAACAGUGAGAACCUAAGAAUGAAAUAUUUCCCCAGUUCUUUAACGAAGAAUGCCUUCACAUGGUUUACAACUUUGCCACCAAAUUCCAUAGAUACUUGGCCUCAUUUGGAGAGAUUAUUUCAUGAACAAUUCUACAUGGGCCAAACUAAGAUAAGUCUUAAGGAAUUAGCUAGUAUUAAAAGAAAAUUCACUGAAUCUAUAGAUGAUUAUCUGAAUAGGUUCCGUUUGUUGAAAUCUAGAUAUACCCAGUAUCUAAGAGAUAUGGCCCAAUUAGCAGAUAGGGUUCGACAGGUCGAACGUUUAAAAGCUGAAAAGACCAGAGUGAAUAAGAAUUAUAAGAAAGAAAGGGUUGCUUAUGUUGAAGUCGAAGAUGAGGAGUCUGAAAUCUCUAAUGACCCUUAUGGUCUCGAGGAAUUCGAAGUAUAUUUUGCUGAAUUAAAAGAAGCACCACCUUAUGCUUGUAAAUUACUUACACCUCCGAAUGGCAGGAACCCUGUCGAAACUGAAAAGAAUGAUAGAUUUCCUAAAAAGACUUACACAUUUGAUGUUACCAAAUGUGAUGAAAUCUUCGAUUUAUUAGUAAAAGAUGGCCAAAUGAUAGUGCCUCCUAAUACCAAAAUUCCUCCGUUAGAACAACGGAAGAAAAGAGGCUUUUGUAAAUAUCACAAUUUUUUAGGCCAUAAAACCUCACAAUGCUUUCUUUUUAGGGAUCUUAUUCAGAAUGCAAUUAAGGAUGGUCACCUCAAGUUCGCUGACAGGGGGAGAAACCAGAUGAAGGUUGACGCUGACCCCCUCAACAUUGCUGACACAAAUUAUGUUGAACCUGUCGAAAUCAACAUGAUUGACAUGAUGGAAGUGGAGGUUGUGAAGGAAACAAGAACUGAAGGAUAUGUGCUAGUUGGAAAUCAGGCUACUGAUGGCCUAAAUAAUGAUGUUCCCUUUGGAAUUUCUGUCGAAGGUGAAUAG